UAGUUAUCAAUUUGACACAACUGCGAACAUUUGCUUAAAGGGCAUAUUCCGAUUUCAGUACGCGAUGUGUCUAAUGGAGGGGAAAUUGACACGUUUCACAAUAUUUCUAUUGACAAUCUACUUACUUCCCACCAAAGGAGCUGUGGAUGGUUUGCAAUGUUUCAGCUGCUCAAAUAUUGCUGAUGCAAGCACAUGUACAGGUGUGUCUCAAUGUCAGUAUGGUGAGUCAUGCUUUCAACAUACGGUGAAUAUUGGAGACUCGGUCAAUGUUUCAAUGGGUUGUAUAGAUAACAAGAAUUGCAAAACACAGCAGAAUGACGCAUCAUCUCCACUAGUGUAUAAACGUCAGGCAGUGCAGUAGUGCACAGAAUGUUGCAGCUCGGACAACUGCAAUAAAUAUCUUUGUGGGCAAGCAAAAUAUGGGGCGUGUGUGGAUGACAUUAAAGUAGACUGUGCUUUUAUGAAUACAGUCAGUAACAUUUGCAAAAACACUGAGCUAGCCAGGAGAGUGUGCCAAAACUUUUGUGGUCUCUGUAACACAGGCAUAGACAGUAACUGGUCAGAAUGGUCAACCUGGUCGACUUGUGACGCCACAUGUGGAGAUGGAACGCAAAGUCGAAGUCGAAUGUGUAAUAGUCCGUCUGCAUCUACUGGAGCUAGUGUGUGUAACGGAAGUCGUAUGGAAACGAGAACAUGUAACAUCCAAGCCUGUCCAGAUUCUCUAGUUUGCUACAGCUGUGACCAUGGUCCGGCGUCGAGUUUGUGUUGGGACGGAAACACUGUCCAAUGCCCCAGCGGGCACGCAUGCUUCAAUCAAUUUACGACAACCGGUAUGGGUGGAAGCGGUAAACAUGGGUGUACAAAGAUAUCGAACUGUAACGAUAUACGGUAUGGUGACUAUACCUGGCAUGGUAACAGCACAUUAAGCAUUGUUGGAAGAGAUAUAGUUCACAACAAACGUUCAUAUGGCUACUGUUUUCAAUGUUGUUACUAUAAUAAAUGUAACAACCAAUUCUGUUCGCCAGUGAAAACACCUGGCAGCUGGGGAUCAUGGACUUCAUGGUCUUCAUGUGACGUCACAUGCGGAAGCGGAACACAAACCCGUCACAGGGAGUGCAAUAGCCCACCUCCAUCAGACCCGAGACUUUACUGCGCUGGAAACAAUACGGAAACAAGAUCAUGCCAGGAAAAGCUUUGCCAAGAACCUCUGAAAUGUUAUGCCUGUAGCAUUGGCUGGAAUGUAGACGGCUGUAACACAAUAUCUACCUGUCAGCCUGAUGAAGUUUGCUUUGUGAACCUUAUCAGUGCUGGAAUGGGUAUUUCGUAUGACCUAGGAUGCACUGUGGAGGAGCACUGUGGGAAUGGCUCCUUUGUAAAUAUACCACAUGUAAAAAUCCAUCGAUGGAGUUGCUGUCGAUCAAGCUUGUGUAACAAGCAUAAUUUGAAUUGAAAUUUCCCUUACCAUGUCAAUGGAUAAACACAAUAAAAAAUACAGGC